AUGGAAGAUCAUUCUCAGGCACCACCACCGGACUUGCACAGUGGCCGCAGCCUAGAAGGCGUAUGUAGAAAAUGCAAAUCAUUUGUCAGAAGAUGCUAUCCGGAGAGGCAUCCAUCUCCUUUGAAAACAACUGACACAAACAAGCAUAGAUCGCUGGAAAAGGAACACAAGGCUCUUGACCGCAGCAAUUGCAACCAGGUAAACAUGAAUGGGAUGCAUGAUUGCAGAUACCAUGAAGAAGGAUCCCCAAGAGGAAUACCAAAGCGUGGAAGUUAUGAGAAAGCCUACUUCACACGUUCACCUCUAUCAAGCCCUCCUGCUUCAAGAAACACAAGCCCGUCUCCUCUGUCCAGAAGUACAAGCAAAAGGAGUUUAACCCCAAUCCGUUCUGCUGCAGCUAAUCUCUUGAGAAGCAUGAGCCGCCGAAAAAGUGCUGAAGCAACUACACUCCCUAGCACGCUUUCUAGGAGUGUAAGCCGAAAGGCUUCAACAACAAUCAUGUAUUCCAACUCGAAUGGGCUAAUGAAGCCCCCAGCAAUGGAAAUGACUCUCGAGUGCACGCUUGAAGAGUUGUGCUUUGGAUGCAUCAAGAAGAUGGAGAUCACAAGAGAUUCAGUAACUGAUGAUGGGCAAUUAAUACAAGAAGAUGAAGUGCUAACCAUCAAAGUUAAGCCAGGAUGGAGAAAAGGAACAAAGAUUACAUUUGAAGGGAUGGGAAACGAGAUGCCCGGGGCAGAUCCUGCAGAUGUUAUAUUCACAGUUUUAGAGAAACGACACCACAUGUAUAGAAGAGAAGGGGAUGAUUUGGAGUUGGCAGUUGAAAUCCCUUUGGUAAAAGCUCUAACUGGCUGUAUUUUCGCAAUCCCUUUAUUAGGUGGAGAGAAGAUGAUUUUGACGAUUGAUGAUAUCAUAUACCCUGGUUAUCAAAAGAUCAUACCAGGACAUGGUAUGCCAAAGCCACAUGAACAGGGGGAAAGAGGAAACUUAAUAAUAACAAUGCUUGUUAAGUUUCCAACAGAACUCACAGAUGAACAGAGAUCUGAAAUUGUUAGUAUUUUACGAGAUUCUUGUUGA